GCCCCGGCCCAGCCCAUCCUGCGAUGCACCGCCGCUGUCUGCCCUGCAGUCUCACCGAGACAACAAUAUUCCCACACGUCAAGGACUAGCAGAGCCACCAGCUCGGUUUAUCUACAGCUCCUAAUGCUUUGUAUCGAAAACAGACCUAUUGCCGACCUACUGCGUCAAGAUGUACCACUCUGACCACGGUGUUGAUUUCCUCGACCUCUCCUUUCAAAUCCCUGGCAGCCCUGCAGAGCUGGGCCCAGAAAACAGAGAGUGAACACAACCCUCAACAAAAGCACACAUCUACCUUCCUCUUCAUCCACACAGGGCCUCCCUCUGCUCCCAUCCUGCGCUCCCUCCUCCUGCACCAUGGACAGCCCUCCUAAGCUGUCAGGUGAGACCCUGAUCGUGCGCCACAUCCCCCUGGUGCACUGCCAGGUGUCAGGCAUGCGGCAGGGUAGCUGCGGGGUCUCGCUGAAGAGGAGCAACCCGUUUAUCCCACCGGAGAACCUUGGCUUGAGUCGCACCACUUCCCUUCCAGAGAGAGAUGUCCUUCAGAGAGAGGCACUCAUUUACAGCAGCUUGAUCCAGACCUCCAGCGGCUCCUGGGCCACCCACAACGGGGGGAGAGAGAGGAAGGUAGCCGGGAGAGGAGGCAGCACAGCAAGUGAUGAUUCAUCGUUUACCUCGAGCAAUUCAGAGGACCAGCUGAUUACAGCUCACACAUUACCCAGAGCCAAACCGAGGAACAGGAAUCCGUUGCGUCAUAAUCCAUUCCUGCUGAAUACCGAAGACGAGGAUGAAGAGGAGGAGGAGGAUGGUGACAACCUCAGUGGUUACCUUGAAGACUCCUCUUUUCACCUCCACAGUGACACUAACAAUGCCCUCGUUGACGGGAUGGCUCCUUUCCACUUACACAACCUUGGCUUUGCUUCUGAGCCCUUUCUUUUGCACAGGUCAGUGGGUGGAAGCAAUCGGGAGUCCCUGAGAGCAGUAGCCUCGAAUCUCUCCACCCACCUGGAGGACCUGGACAUUCUAGGACUCGACAGCCAGCUGCGCCUCGGCAGCAGCGGUUCCAACAUGUCCAUGGAUUGUGGAGAGCAAGACUGGGGCGAUGACGAUGGAGAGGAUGAAGAUCAUCCUAUGAGAUGUGGACGAAGCUCCUCCAGUUCCUCCACACAGCACUGCUCCUGCUGUGUGCUCACCCAGAACUACCCUCCCCACUUCCCUGAAGCCUUCUCGGAGCCUUUCUCAGAGUGCCAGCAAGGCUACGGCAGCGACUCCUCUUGCAACAGCUCGGAUGGCGUGCUCGUGAACUUCAGUGCCAUUUACAAUAAGAUGAACAACAGCAUUCCGGAGAAGCCACCGGUCUCUGGGCACACCAACCUCAACAGCGCCUCUGACCACUCCUGCACCUCAUCCGUUUCUGAUCCAGCAGGAAACAAGCGAGACUUAACUGGAGGGGCUUUCUAUUUGGACCUUCACACGUCCCCAACUGAACCUCCCCUGUCACUGCAACAACCCUCCUGCCUUGACAGCACCUUCCCUCUGAUCCGUGAACCACACCUGUCCACCUCCUCCACCUGCUCCUGCGCUGUGGAGCACCAGGGGGCUCUUGACCUCGACGCCAACUGCAACUCCUACCACCCUCCACAUUCUGGGUCGUCCGGAGACCUCAUGUCCUGUCUGCAGAGUCAGGCACGUCUGGUCGUCGCCACCCAGAACUACUACAAGCUGGUCACCUGUGACCUUUCAUCCCAGUCGUCCCCGAGCCCCGCAGGCUCAUCGGUUAACAGCUGCUCCGAUGAGCACAGCAAAGGCAGCCCCACCCCGACCCAGCCCCACGAGUACUUCCUGUUCAGGCAGAGAGCUGAUGAGGAGGGUGUGGAAGAAGAAGACGAAGAUGUGGAGUCAUCUCGGCGAGAGGAUGAAGAUGAUGAGGAUGAUGAUGAUGAAGAAGAGGAGGAGGAUGAGGAGGAGGAGAAGAAGAAGAAUCAGCAGGCGGCUGGUGGGGCUGAAGCUGCUGCGAUCGAAGGCCAGGUGUACGUCAACAUCUCCCCUCCUGUGGUUGGCCGGGCGGUUAUUGGAGCUUCCUCAGGAAGCCGUCCCCGCUCUCGCAGCUACGACCGCAACCUGGACAAGUCUCCACCUCCUCAGCUCGGAUCUCUGGAGCGUAUGUUGAGCUGCCCCGUCCGUCUCAGCGAGGGUGCCGCCCCGACGCCGCCUCCUCCUCCACGAGUCACCUCCUUCGCAGAGAUCGCGAGAAGCAAACGGAGAAACGGAGGCUCGGGGGGUUCGCCGCCGCUGAAGGGAGCUGCAGACCCUUUCUCCUCAACUUACUCUACCCACUCCUCUGUGGAUUUCUCCCCGAUCCUGGAGCAGCGUGGGGAGGUUGACAGUCACGGCCUGUCGCCAGUACCCUUCACCAGAUGUUACAGUCAAGGCAGCAUUGAGCGACACAUGGAGGGGGCGAGGGAGACCAGGGCUAAGGCCGAAGGUGGUCUCUCAAGUUCCUCAGACGGCCGCCCUGCGGUGGUGCGCUACAGUAAGGACCAGCGGCCCACCACCCUCCCCAUCCAGCCCUUCACCUUCCACCACCAGUUCGCCUCCAAACCCCCACAGCCAAAGCCUCUGCUCCCCCUGCUCACAGGCUACGUCUCUGGGAUGCAGGCCCGCUCCAGCUCUGGUUCUGGCUCUGGAGGUCCGGUGGGGGAGGACUGUGAAGAUGCAGCUGAAAAUGUACACAGGUACCAGGGGGCUCUGGCUGCAGCAGCCCCUCCACCUGGAUCAGUUCGACCCUCACCUCUUGGGAGCUACUCCCCGGUGCGGCUGCAGGGGGCCCCCAGCUCAGGGACCUGCUCCACCUGCACCCCAAGCCCUCAGCCGACACACAGCCUCUCCUGCCCGCUCUCAGCCGGCCUCGGCCCCCUGCAGACGCCACCGACAGGAAAGCUACCGCCUACCCCGCCACCUCCAUCCCUGGGGGUGAAGAGAGGGACGGUGCCACCAAUGCUGCCGGCGGUGCAGGGACACUGUUUCCAUCAUGGAGCUCUGCCCAUUCUACCAGCACUCCACAGUGACACGCUGAGUCCACACAGCCCAGUGGGCUGUGUGGACUCUGGGAAGCUCGUGGAGGGAAUCAAAGGACCCGGAGCCAGGUCACAUAAUGCGCACCACCUCUCUCCCCAGGCUCUCAAAUGGAGGGAGUACCGUCGUCGUAACCCUCUGGGGUUGGAGAGGGUCUCAGGGGGCCAUUCUUCUGCAGGAUCAGACUACCUCUCUGGUAACCUGGAACACAGAAAGGGCGGGGGACAACGACCUGCCAGACGGAACGUGUUCGAUUUCCCUUCAGUCCCCUCUGGCCAUGCGCUGGGACGGCUCAAUGUGGGCCAAUCAGCCAAGCUGCAGCAGAUCUACAGCGACUUCCUGCCCGACUACUUCUCAAUGACCGAGAGGCCUCCGGAGGAGUUCUGCCUCUCCCCCGAUGCUUCAUCUUCCUCCUCCAGCUCAUCCUCCCAGUCGCACAUCUCUGUGGACCUGACACAGAAGAGAGGUUUGGUGAAAGCCGUGAACACAGCAGUGGAUCUGAUCGUAGCACACUUUGGCACCAGUCGAGACCCAGAUGUAAAGGCUAAGCUGGGGAACAGCUGGGUGAGUCCCAACGUUGGUCACCUCAUCCUGAAGUACCUGUGCCCGGCCCUGCACGAGGUGCUGCAGGAUGGCCUGAAGGCCUACGUACUGGAUCUGAUCAUCGGACAGCGGCGCUGUCAGCCCUGGAGCCUGGUGGAGGCCUCCACACAGCUGGGCCCGUCCACGCGUGUUCUCCACAGCCUGUUCUCAAAGGUGAGCCAGUUCUCUGAGCUCACGAGCCACAACAUGAGACUCAACGCCUUCAUCUUUGGCCUGCUCAACCUAAAAUCUUUGGAAUUCUGGUUCAAUCACCUCUACACGCAUGAAGAUAUUAUAGCAGCACACUACCACCAGUGGGGUUUCCUCCCCCUGUCUCAGGGGGCGUGCCAGCCGCUCUUUGAGGAGCUCCUCCUCCUGCUGCAGCCGCUGUCGCUCCUCCCAUUCGACCUGGACCUGCUGUUCGAACCACAUCUCCUCCAAAAGGGUCAGGAGCAUCUCCGUCGCAAGGAGCAGCUGUGCUCCGCGGGCCAGAGUGUCGACCAAUCCACUCGCUCCACCUUCCAGCUCAUGAGAGGGUGGAGCACCACUGUGAGCGAGAUAGUCCGAGACUCGAGCGCAGAUGUGAAGAAAGAGAGGGCAGGGCUGAGACGAGAGGGAACGUGGCCGAGGAUGGAAGGGGUCGGGUCGAGAAGAGAGGGAGCGGGAGUGAAACCAAGGUUGAGGAGUGAGGGGGCAACAUCUGAGAGCAUGACAGCCGGGACUGUUGGUAAACCGGCAAUGAUGGAAGUAGGGUUUGACGAUCUCUGGGAGGAGAGGGGGAUGAGUGGACAGAGAAUGAAAGGCGUAGGACAAGAGAGCCAAGGAGAAGGUGAGGAUGGACAGGAGAAGGACAGGAGGAAGGGAAAAGAGAGGGAUAUGGCGGAGGAGGGGCGUCAGCGGCAAGAGAGACAGGCGGGCUGGUGGUACCAGCUCAUGCAGUCCUCCCAGGUUUACAUCGACAAAAACACAGAGGGGUCCAAGUUCAUUAAGACUGAAAAAAGGAAGAAGUCAUCAGAAAGAAGACCGAACCAGCUACCGCCCACCAGAGAGGGAGUGGUGGAGGGGGCCGAGGCGAGCCAAGAAGGGGAGGGCCUGAGGAGCAGGAAAAGCAGCAGUAGCUCCGGCGGGGAGUCUGCUGGAUCCAGGGGAAGGCCUUCGUGGAUGGGCAGCCCACCAGAUUCUGUUCUCAGCCAGGAGAAAGAGACAAAACCACUGGAGGCUCCAGGGACUGGAGCUCAGGCUGCAGCCCAAGAGGAGAGCCCCUCACAGGGACAGACUCUGCGCUGGGGCAGGCUCUUUGGAUCUAGUGUGGGUUCUCCUUCCAGGGUGGAGGCAGCUGAACAGAAAUCAAAAACUCAAAAGACCAGACCAUCAGGUUGGCUUUCUCUGGAUAUGUCUGUUCUUGACCUUGUAGCUCAGACUAUUGGAGCGGGGAGUGGGAAGAAGGCAGAGCCUCCAGCCACACCCACCCACUCACACCAACCCACACCCACACCUCCACCAACAUCAACCCCACCAACUGAAGCCAGACAACAGUCUCCAUGUGAAGUAAGAGCGCUGUGUCACCACAUAGCCACGGAGCCCGGCCAGCUGAGCUUCAACAAGGGCGACGUCCUGCGUGUCCUGAGCAAGGCUGAUCCAGACUGGCUGAUGUGCUCCCUGGGCUCCACACGGGGCUUAGUUCCCAUCAUCUAUGUUACCCUGAAUAGCAUGGAGGACAGCCAGGAUGCCACUGGACUCGGGCAGUGCUGAGCUAACACUGCCACAAGAGGAGUUAUUGCAGACAGACAGCCACACACCUACUGAAAAAACAAACCCUGUUUUUGAGAUGACUGUACAAAAAAACAUUCAAGAAAAUAUGACGAUUAUGAAAAUGUUGUACAGACACAUGCAAGGGAAGCAUGCAGGCUCAAACACACAACACACAUCUACUUUAAGGGUACAUCCAGACAAGUACGCAUGCAUACAUCCAAAAAAACAAAAGACCGGAUGAGAAAAACCCAAAGACGCUCCGACACACACUUCUCUCUCUGCGGGAAGCUGUGCUACUAGCUUAACUGUGUGACUGUCCAGUCUCUAUAUCUUCAGUGGAGGCGCUGCUCACACAUGGUAAACUUCACAAUAUGAUAAUAUAACAUGCCUAACUGCACUUUGCUGUGCUGUCUGUACGUUCACCUCGCUGUGCCACACUCAUGUAGAAACCAGUGGAUCCUUGCUUUUGUUUUUUAAGGUGAUUAAUGUAAAAGGGGAAAAAAAAGGUUUUGACCCAUGUCUUCUCCAGUUGCGGAAAUUGAGCAUAUUAUUAUUUGUAGUAGUAGAAGUAUAAAAUCACAUACGUUUGUUUAGAUGGCUGCUCAACCCAAGAGAAAAUAAGGCAAAAGAGCAAGGUUUAGUCUGUUUCCAUUCUCCAUCUUAUUUGAUCACUGCUCAUCAAAGCCUGUUUAUAUCCAGAUGAAGGGACGGAUGGACUGACCAGCUCAUUCCCCUCACAAGACAGCUGGGAUGACUCAAUCAGUGGCUGACAUUGUUAAAGUGCAUGUUAUCGUACAAAAAUCUUUUCCCCCCCCACAAUCCUGUGUCACCUCGGUCCCCCAUCAGUCUCUCAUCAAAGGACACGGCUUUUGAAGAGGGACACGUUUAAGCGAGUGGCUGCAGUCUGAGCUGUGCAUUUGAUCUAAUGGUACAUACUGUAAAUGCAUAUAUGACUUACACAUGUGGUGAGUUUUUAUUUAUUUAUUGACUGGUUCAAUUAGCGGAGGGAAGAAUCUAAGUGGACGGUUGCAGAAAGAAAGGGAAGGAUGUCCAAUGAAAGCAAAAGCAUUGCUGAGGAGGCCUUUUUUUUUAGAAUGUGUUGGGGGUUCAACCUGGGAAAUUAUUGCUAAUUUAGUUCUAUGCGUUGCAUUUAGAGAGCGGUAAAUGAUUUUAUCUAUGCCUUAAAGCGCUUGAGGAAAAAAAGGGGGAAUUGACAUUAUAUUUUGUAUAUUCUAUGACGUGUCUAAUGUGACAUUUCCCCCCCCCCCCCCAGAGUUAUGUCUACAGAGAUUCUUGAUGAAUUGAAAGAAAAGUAUAGAGGUGAUAUUUUUUUGACGUUUAAAGGAGAAGCCCGACACAUUUUGUGCUGGUGGCUCUGGUAUGUAUGUACACGCCCAGGUGUGAAAUGUGGCCUUAGGUUCAAAAUGAGUUGAUGAAAACCUAAACUUUGAGCUACAUACAGAAAACACCUGGAUAGAUGUUGAGUGUACACAGAUGCGCAAUCCAAAUAUUAUAAAAUGGUAAAAAAUCUGUGUACAUUUAUUAAAUAAAUGAAUGCUUGUAUAUCUUUAAAAAAAAACUUACAUAGAAUAUAAUUUUACCAUUUAAAUCUUUGUGUUGCAUUAUUGUACAGGUUAUUUUUUAUGUAUUAUGAGCAUUUUAAUUUAAGUGUAAAUAUAUUUAAACCCUUUUUAGAGCUACAUGGAUGAAUGGUAUUACUGGUUUUAUAAAGCAUUUUAUGUUGAAUACAGGAUAAGCUUUAGUUUCAGCGCUAACAUAAUGACAGCUGGGAGUGGAAGGUGUGAUUAUUUUGGGUCCUCCAGGCAGUUUGCUGUUCAUUGACAUCCUGUUGGGACAGAAACGCAGCAGUGAUACAAACCAGAGACACGCGCAGGCUCACGGGAAAGAGGCACAUCCACUUUAAUUUCUUUCUUUCUCUCUCGCCGGUUUUUCUCUGCUCUCUCUCCCUGGCUGCCUCCUCCUGCCUGUAAAUACCUUCAGCAUCAGUGACACUGCUCCUCUCUCUGUGUCCAGGCUAUAUGACGUGUACGUAUGACAUUAUCAAACUACUAUGGAUGUUAAAUAACAAAGUGCUCAUGUGAUCACAAACUCAAA